CUUUUCCUUCUUUUUUUUCCUUUUCCAAAUGUAUAUAUAAAUGCAAGGUCAUAACCACUGAUUUAUAAUCGAACAGUUGUAAUAUUUGUAAAGUGUAUUGUAUUAUAAAAAGAAUAGGAAAGAUGGCUACAGAAGCAGGAACACCCAGUUAUCAGGAUAAAGAACUACGGCAGAAAGAAGUUAUGGAAUCACAGCACAUUAUGACUGAAGCCAGUAUUCCCAAAUCAGAACACGAUCAAUUGAAGAAUGAAAGGAUAGAGAAAGGACAGAACAGGUUCUUGCGUCACAGAAACUUCAUUUUUCAACGGAUUGACAUCGCUUUAGUUCUUGCCAAUUGCUAUCAGAUAAGAACCAUUAUCUCAGAACCAAACAAACAUGAAUAUUACAAGAUACCAUUGGGGUUUGCGAUAGCUUCAAUAUGUUUACAGAUUUUGUUUACGAUACUGAUGGUCAUAUCUUGGCAAGCAGAUAAAAAGUCAAUAGACUCUCAAGGCAAUAUAAAAAAGGCUGAAAGUUUGAUAGGCAAGGUCUCGCAAUUCAUUGCCAUGCUUUUAGUUCUAUUUAUUGUCAUUUCAAACAUUGUUGUUGUAGAAUUUGGGGCUAUGACCAGCAAUAGUAAAGGAAAUGGAACUGACUUAAGUUGAGAUCUUACUUUUUGCAUAAAAGAUUAUCGUUAAUAUUGUGGAGUUGUUUUUAAUCAGAAUGUAAUAAAAAUGUACUGAAAAAAGGAAAAAAAGGAAAAAUAAAUCAUGAACUUGACCAAAUAAUUUUUUUUAAGAUUUUUAUUAUAAUUUUCUGAGAAAUAGUGGUUGAAAUAGUGUUAAAGAUGUUUCUACGGACGGAGUACAAACUAUGUUGGGUUAUUUUUACAUUUAAAAAUCGUGUUAAUGUAUAAAUACACAGAAUAUAUUGUGUAAUGGUCACCAUAUUAUAUUUCAUGUAGCGCACAAGAGGCAUAAUAUGAAAGUAUGGUCAUUUCAUAUUUUAGACAGAAACUCGGCAAAAAUGUUGUCAUAUAAUGUUUUUGUAAUAACAUUAUGUAUUUUUAGAUGUGUAAGUGUGGACAUGCGAUGAAUUUUAUGUGACUCUUUGCCUAUUUAGUAUACCCUAAAUCAUUGUUCAUAUAUUGUAUACUUGUAUAUGAUAGCAUUUUUGCUCUGCUUUGUAUUAUGAAAUAAUACUGCAAAUUUUAUUAUGAAUAUUCAAAUGCUUAUUACUUGCAACACUCAGCAGGCUCAUUACGUUGAAUCAUCAGUUCUCGACCUUUACAAUAUUUGUCCCCUUUGCCAAAAGUGGCAGCCAAUUUGGGGGUCAAUAUUUGAUAAAAUAUAAUUGAAAAAAAAUAAUGAAGAAAAAAAGAGAAACAGGUGAACUGUGAAAUUCUUUUAAACGCAUGAAGGCAAAUAUUAAUAUUAUUAUAGUACCAGUAUGUAAAAGAUUUUUAUCAGUUUACAUUGUCCGUAACAUUUUAGCUUAGGCAUAUAACAUAUGAGGAAUGUCCCUCAAAAUGGCGACCAGAGGAGAUAAUGAUUGCUAUGUGGAAAGCAUCUAUAAUAAUGAUUGAUGGUAAAUUUAUAAAUUAACUCAAAGCAGUUUGUUCCAUACCAAUUUAUAUUAUUUUAAAGAUCAUAUAUCCUGGUUGCAUAUUGCACAUAAUUAUAUAAACUGUAUUCAUACAAACGAAUAUAAUUCAAAUGUCACAUAACUGUUUUUCUAAAAUAAAAGAUAAAAUUAUUUUUGUUUUUGGU